AUGAAACCCAUCGUUAUGACCGGCGAUAGCCCUCCGGACGGAGAAAUGCAACUAGAAGCGCUGCGACCUGGAUCGAUACAACCAGCAACAUACCUCCACGCAUGGGAAGAUGCUGUACACGGAGCUACUGGAGACUCUAGCGAGCUAUACUGGAGGAGAAAGCACGUUAAAGAAGGUAGAAAGUGGUCGACAUCAAGGCUUCGCCGUGGAAUUUUCUGGGCUUUGUUGUCUACGCUCAUUCCUGCCUUAAUCAUCUCAGUGUUGCGAGUAGUUUGCAGAGCCUCCCCGUCUGCCUCCACCGACCGAACAGCAGGCACUUCGACUCGUAGGCUGUCGCACAGUGAUGAAGGUAGCCAAGGAGACAGUACUCUAUCACGGCUCGUAGAAGAGUGUGCAGCUUUGGAGGCGGACCUGGGACUGAAUGUGUCUGAGGAAAGCAAUCAACCUGAAGGGUUGGGCGCAGCUGAACAAGUGGCAAGGAUCGCCCACACGUUGUUUCUGGAAGGCCUGGCCUUCGAGAUGCAACACGCCCAACAACCCCUCCCCACAAAUGUCCUCCCCUUGCCGCCUUCCCUUGCCAGUUCGGUUAUACACGAUCAGUAUCAGCCUGCGCAGUGGACAGUGGGCAUACCAGACCAGCAGUAUGGUGGUCAAGGCCCCCUACACAUGAGGUCCGACUUGAGGGACUCACAGCCUCAGCCUGGAGGUCUACCGCCUGAAACUGUGUCGUCCUCUCCCCAGCCUCUUGGUGAAGCUUUUCAGCCUUUCUCUUCGGGCACCCAAUCUUUUUCUGUGGUUCCCUCACCUGAUUUUUGGACUCCUCUGGCUGCAUCUGCGAGUUCCCAGCCCCUUGUUGCAGCUUUUCAGUCCGUUGAAGCUCGCCAUCCUGCAGUGGCAGCGCCCCAGCCAGUUGGUUUGUUCUCUCAAACUGCACCAUUGCUGCGCCAGGUUGGUGCACAGCGCAGUUCAAACGAACGACGCCGUACAAGGGUUUCACGGAAGCCUUAUAUGGCGCUCGAUCCCGAUUCCUGGGUGGAUGUAAUACCUGCGGUCGACGUUUCCCUUGAGGGACGGAGAGAGAGCCAGACAUCUCCCCUUCAAGGGAUAUCUCUAGAUCAGGCAGCGCCUUGCUCAAGCGCUGCAUACGAGGCGUCUGCAGGAGAAGCAGAAGGUGCAAGGGCAGGCCAGAGCUCCUUAGAACCGUCAGCAGCUGGUGCAGGCAAGGCCCUUGCAACAGCGCCAGGGGCACAUGGUGCAAGCGAGAUUUCUUCAGCAACAGGAGCGCCAGCCGCAACAGCUGUCUUCAACCCGGAGUGGAUCCGAACGCACCCAUACGUCAAUCUGCCUGUUUUGCAGGAGGGAGUGGUGCCGCCGCUCAUUCCGCUGUCGCCUUCGAAUUUCCGUGUUACCAAGGGCACGUCAGUGCGCAAGGCUUUGGCUGUUUUUCGCCGCAUGUUCUUGUCGCAGACGCUGAGCCAGGCGGAUGCGGUCGUGCUUGCAGAGGAUGUCUACAGGCUUGCGAUUGCGUCGGCCGUUCGUGCGCGGGCAGCCAAGCGGAUGCGCCGCGCUUUGCAUGGCGCCGCAAAUAUAGGGCAACAGUUUCUGGCUUUAGACGCGAUUGUGUCUGCAAUGCACGUCCUAGGGCAGUCGCCUUCUUCUUGCACUUGGUGGGAGGCAUUUGUCCAAUGCUUCGAUACGAGCUAUCGGUACCCCGAACCAGCACGCCGCGCCAAACGUGACAGUACCACGUUAAAUAUAAACCUCGCCAAUCGUAUGUUGGCUGCCAUGUCCAUCUACAAAACAGGAAACCGACCGGAGCUUGAGGAGAUUAUACAUCUGAAGCGGAUCCUUUUCUUCUCACCCUAUGCACCCUUAAUCUUCAAGGAUAUUUGGUGGGGCACGUGGAGAUCUGAUCAUCUACGGUUUGAAAAGGAACAUCCGUCGUUUUCUGAAUGGCUCAGGAAGCGAAGGCAUCCGCCGAAAUGA